ACAAUGAAUAAAGAACACCACUCAGAAACAGGGGGACUAGACAGCAAACAAUCAAGCGCCAAUUAACACCUAAGCAGAGGAUGCCUCCAGGCAACAACAGCCAGGCUACCACUAUGCAAAUAGUGAUUGACUUUGCAGCUUCAUGGCUGCGCAAUGCUAAUCAAGCUUGCUGAUUGUAACAUUCAUAUUUGCUUUAAACAGACCAGAGUUGAGUUGCUGUGAGUUUUCCGGGCUGUAUGGCUAUGUUCCAGAAGCAUUUUCUCCUGACAUUUCACCCCACAUCUAUGGCAAGCAUCCUUAGAGGUUGUGAGGUCUGUUGGAAACUAGGCAAGUGAGGUUUAUAUAUCUGUGGAAUGUCCAAAGUGGGAGAAAGAACUCUUGUCUGUUCGAGGCAAGCGUGAAUGUUGCAAUUGGCCACUUUGAUUAGCAUUGAAUGGCGUUGCAACUUCAAAGCCUGGCUGCUUCCUGCCUGGGGGAAUCCUUUGUUGGGAAAUGUUAUCUGGCCCUGAUUCUUUCUCCAGGGUUCUUUCUCCCGCCCUGGACAUUCCACAGGUAUAUAUGCACUCCACUUGCCUCACUUCCAACAUACUUCUAGCCACAGAUACAGGUGAAACAUCAGGACAGAAUGAUACUGGAACAUGGCCAUAGAGCUCUAAAAAUUCAGAGCAACCCAAAGGCCAACUUCUGCAGGGAAAGUUCAGGAACUGGACCACUUUGUUGGGCCCUUAAAGUGAGACUGGAGAGUGAAAUGAGUGGAUGAUGAAAGGAAAGGGACCAUUACCAUCACAAAUCAGCUCCUGACCCAAAAGGAAUCUGGUCCAAUCUUUGACUGGGCAGCCUUGGAAAGCAGGGAUGGCCUCCCAAAAGUCAGUUGUGAUGCACCUGGAGAGGAAGGAAAGGGGAAACCAAGCCUCUUAGGGGCCUUCAAAGUGACUCCAGAGACUUCCUCAUUGCUUUGCCAAAGAAGGAGGGCCUGCCCAGUGCUUUUCCUGGGCAGCUGGAAGCCCCGCCUGAAGAAGGGCUGGGCAGAGAAGCAGUGGGCGGUCAGUCUGGGCCCAAGAGGGCAGCUGACCUCUGCCUCUGCCUCUUCCUCCUCUUUGAGCCAUGGCUCGGGCGGCUCCUCCAGGGGCCCUGGAGCUCCUGCUGCAUAAAGUCACUGACCCUGGCAACUCCGAAGAGAACUGGGAGGCCAUGCAGCGCUUCAGCGACCAGGUCAAUGCAGAACCUGAUGGCCCUUCCAUUGCCCUCCGUUUGCUGGAACAUAAGAUCCAGUCGCCACAGGAAGCAGAGGCUCUCCGAGCCCUGACCGUCCUGGAAAUGUGCGUCAACCACUGCGGGGAGGCCUUCCAUCACGAAAUGGGCAAGUUCCGCUUUCUGAAUGGUCUGAUCAAAGUCCUCUCCCCAAAGUAUCUGGGCUCCUGGUCCACAGAGCAAGUCAAGUCCCGCAUCGUGGAGACCCUCUUCAGUUGGACUGUCUGGUUUCCUGAGGAAGUGAAGAUCCGAGACGCUUAUCAGAUGCUGAAGAAACAAGGAAUUGUAAAGCAAGACCCCAAAUUGCCAGAGGACAGAAUCCUUCCUCCUCCUUCACCAAGACCAACAGGGUCCAUUUUUGAUGCUGAUAAUGAGAAAUCCCAGCUCUUAGCCAGGCUCUUGAAAAGCAAAAAUCCGGAGGAUCUGCAGGCGGCCAAUAGGCUGAUCAAGGGGCUGAUCAAAGAGGAGCAGGAGAAGUCUGCCAAGGUCUCCAGGCGCAUGAAUGCCAUCAAGGAGGCACACAAUUCCGCUGUGGCUCUGGAGGAGAUGCUGAGGAGGAAUAAGGCAAAGGAAGAGCCGGCCAUGGAGGCUCUGCAGGAACUUCAUGCCAAAUGUGAGAAGCUGAAGCCCCUGAUGUUCCGGGUGGCCAGCGAAACAGUGGAGGACGAAGAGGCCCUUGCUGAGAUUCUCCAAGCAAAUGACCGGCUCAUUCAAGGACUCACUUUAUACAAUCAGGUUGUGGGAUCUGGAUGUAGGGAUCCUGAGCCAAGAUCUGCUGAGACCUCUGCUGGGCUUUCAAAGAGCUUCCCAUUAAUUGAUUUCUCGGACCAGGGUCCAGAGCAGAUCCCACCCUCCCCUUCUGCCCAUUCGCUGGAUGAGGAGCUGAUGUCUGUCGGUGAGUACCUUCCCAGCAGCCCAUUGUCCAGCAGGGUCUCCGAAGGGACACCUCCACUGCCUAGCCCUGAUUCGUUGGCCACCCUCUUUGUCCCACUGGAGUCUAUCACUCUGAGCGCUAUCCCCGCGGUCACUGUAUUUGCUGGAAACGGCCUGCAGGCCCUGCUCCACUUCUCCCGGGCGCCCCUCCCUGGCCUCCCCUCUGUCUGGCCACUGGUCCUCUCCCUGCUCAGCACGGCACCCCAUCCGGUCCAAGGCAUCGUCUUCCAGGCCGCUGUACCCAAGUCGAUGGCCAUCAAGCUGCAGCCAGCAACRGGCUCAGAGCUGCCAGCCUUCAACCCGCUUCUGCCUCCAACUGUCAUCUCCCGAGUCUUGCUGCUGAACAACCCACAAAAGGCUCCCUUGCGGCUGAGAUAUCGGUUGCUGUUCACCCAGAAUGGAGAGACACACAGCAAACUUGGAGAAGUGUCCAGUUUUCCUCAUGAAGAUCUAUGGGCUUCGAACUGAAAACAGAGAGUUGGUGGCCUUUGGGACACUCUCAAGCCUCAGACCGGAUCGGGGCCUCUGCCACGGACGUUGUGCCCAUCUGUUAACUCCAGAUGCACUAAGUCUUUUGCAAUGGUUGCAUCCUCUUUCUGUAAACCAAUCAGUACAAUUUUUUUGAUAAAAACAGGCCCUUCCACAGAGGCAUUUGGCAUUUA